UGCUGGCCCGGCAGGGACUGAGGCUUCUCCUCUCUCCCUCCCCAGAGGCUCUCGGUGUGCCUGCCUGUUGGAAAGAGCGUUUCUAUCAUUCCCUUGGCAAUAUUUCCUGUUAGACGCACACUCUCUCUCACCCCUUCUUUAAUGUUAUUGGGACUGAGGAUGCAAAAAUGAGCCACUCUUGUCUUUCGGAAGUUAAUUGCUGUCGCCUGCAAGAGCGGAAAGCUGCAGGUCGCCACAAUGGCCCACGCUAAGCAAACCCGUGUGCUGCUUCUCAACGACAUGGAAAAGUUGGAUAAGACCCUCUUCCGGCUGGAACAAGGUUUUGAACUCCAGUUUCGACUCGGCCCUACUUUGCAAGGCAAGCAUGUCACGGUGUAUACCAACUAUCCUGCUUCUGGAGAAGUGUUUGAUCGUCACAAGUUCAGAUCCCUAUCAUGGCACAACCCAACAGGAAAAGAAGAUGAUUCUGAUAAAUACUGUAAACUAGACCUCCAGACGUCUGGAUCAUACCAGUAUUAUUUCAGUCAUGAAGGUCAGAAAAGUGGUGGAGGCUACAUAGUUGUGGAUCCUAUUUUACGCGUUGGUGCUGACAAUCAUGAGAUGCCUUUGGAUUGUGUUACACUCCAGACAUUCCUAACAAAGUGUCUGGGCCCAUUUGAUGGAUGGGAAGAUCGACUUAGAGUUGCAAAAGAAUCUGGUUACAACAUGGUUCACUUGACACCAGUACAGAAACUUGGGCUAUCUAGAUCAUGUUAUUCAUUGGCUGAUCAGCUGGAAACAAAUCCUGAUUUUUCAACCCCUAACAAGAAGUGUUCUUGGAGUGAAAUUGGCAAACUAGUAGAAAAAAUGAAAAAUGAAUGGAAUAUGCUUUGUAUUACAGAUGUAGUCUACAAUCACACUGCUUCAAAUAGUGAGUGGAUCACUCAACAUCCAGAAUGUACAUACAAUCUUGUUAAUUCUCCUCACUUGAAACCAGCCUGGCUUUUGGACAGAGCUCUUUGGCAUUUAACUUGUAAAAUAGCUGGUGGCAAAUACAGUGAUAAAGGAGUGCCUCCAGUGUUUGAAAACGAGCAUCAUUUGAAUUGCAUACGAAAAAUUAUGUCUGAGGAUGUUUAUCCCAAGAUAAGAUUAUGGGAAUUCUUCCAAGUAGAUGUUGACAAAGCAGUGCAGCAAUUUAAAACUCUUUUAACUCAAGCAGGUGGCUCAAAAGUUAAAACUGAUCCCAGUCAACAUCUUGCAAUCAUUCAAGAUCCUGAAUUUAAGAGAUUCGGCUGUACUGUAGAUAUGAACAUUGCACUGAACACCUUCAUACCACAUAGCAAUGGACCUGCUGCAAUAGAAGAGUGUUGUAACUGGUUCCACAAGCGAAUUGAAGAACUAAAUGGUGAACAGUACCGGCAGACAAAUUACCACCAAGAGCAGGGGGUCAGUUGCAUCUUGGCAACAGUGAACUAUGAACGACUGGCUGGUCAUGGUCCUAAGCUUGGUGCUGUGACUAGAAAACAUCCUUUGGUUACAAGGUUCUUUACUUACCCAUUUAAAGAGUUAACUCUGGAAGAAGAAGAAAUUAUGAUGCAUCAGCCUGAUAAAGCGAGUUAUUUCAUGGCCCAUAAUGGUUGGGUGAUGGGAGAUGAUCCUCUGAGAAACUUUGCUGAACCAGGUUCAAAUGUCUACCUGAGAAGAGAGCUCAUUUGUUGGGGUGAUAGCGUUAAGCUACGCUAUGGGAACAAGCCAGAAGACUGUCCGUAUCUCUGGGCUCACAUGAAGAAGUAUACUGAACUGACUGCCAAAUAUUUCCAUGGAGUACGUCUUGACAACUGUCACUCUACACCUCUUCAUGUGGCUGAGUACAUGCUGGACACGGCUAGAAAAUUGCGGCCCAAUUUGUAUGUAGUGGCUGAACUGUUCACAGGAAGUGAGGAGCUGGAUAAUAUCUUUGUGAAUAAGCUGGGCAUUAGCUCUUUAAUAAGAGAGGCAAUGAGUGCAUACAACAGUCAUGAAGAGGGAAGAUUAGUUUACCGCUAUGGAGGAGAGCCAGUUGGGUCGUUUGUGCAACCUCGUUUGAGGCCUCUGAUGCCAGCCAUCGCUCAUGCGUUGUUCAUGGAUAUUACACAUGAUAAUGAAUGUCCAAUUCAGCAUCGAUCUGCUUAUGAUGCCCUUCCCAGUUCAACAGUUGUUUCCAUGGCUUGCUGUGCUACAGGGAGCACUAGAGGUUAUGAUGAACUUGUGCCACAUCAGAUUUCUGUGGUCUCUGAAGAACGAUUUUAUACCAAGUGGAAUCCAGCAGCAGCGCCCUUGACACCUGGGGAAGUUAAUUUCAAAACAGGGAUUAUAGCAGGAAGGUUGGCGAUCAACAGAUUGCACCAAGAGCUGGGAGCUAAAGGUUUUAUUCAGGUAUUUGUAGAUCAAGUCGAUGAAGAUAUUGUGGCUGUGACAAGGCAUUGCCCUAACACCCACCAGUCGGUCGUAGCUGUUUCCCGAACAGCUUUCAGAAAUCCCAAAACAUCAUUUUAUAGCCAAGACGUUCCCCAGAUGUGCAUUCCAGGCAGAAUUGAAGAGAUCAUUCUUGAGGCUAGGACUGUUGAAAGAAACGCUGGUCCAUAUAAGAAAGAUGAGCGCUCGAUCAAUGGAUUGCCUGAUUAUACAGUUGAGCUUCGAGAACACAUCCAGCUCAAAGAAAGCAAAAUCAUAAAGCAGGCUUCAGUUGCUACAAAAGGCCCCAAUGAGUUUGUUCAAGAAAUAGAAUUUGAAAAAUUAACACCAGGCAGUGUGAUUAUAUUUAGAGUUAGUCUUGAUCCAAAGGCACAAGAGGCUGUUGGAGUACUACGUAGUCACCUGGUCCAGUUCAGUCCUCACUUUAAAUCUGGAAGUCUUCCUGAUGAUAAUUCAGAACCUAUACUCAAAACGCUCUUCUCUGUCAUUGCAUCAAAAUUAACUCUGGCAGACCUGAAUCAGGUAUUAUAUCGGUGUGAUGCUGAAGAACAAGAGGAUGGUGGGGGAUGUUAUGACAUACCAAACUGGACACCCCUAAAGUAUGGAGGCCUCCAAGGUUUAAUGUCGGUGAUGGCUGACAUACGACCGAAUAAUGAUUUGGGACACCCUUUCUGCGGGAACUUGAGAUCCGGAGACUGGAUGAUUGACUACGUCAGUGACCGUCUCAUUUCCCGAGCUGGAACCUAUGCUGAAGUUGGCAAGUGGUUGAAAGCAAUGUUUAUCUACUUGAAGCAGAUUCCUCGUUAUCUCAUUCCGUGUUAUUUUGAUGCCAUCUUAGUUGGUGCAUAUACAACACUGCUUGAUGUGGCUUGGAAGCAGAUGUCAAGCUUUGUUCAGAAUGGAUCAACAUUUGUUAAACAUCUUUCCUUGGGUUCAGUCCAGAUGUGUGGAAUAGGAAAAUAUCCUUCUUUGCCACCUCUGUCUCCUGCCAUUCAAGAUGUUCCCUACAGGCUGAAUGCAAUUACAAAAGAAAGAGAGCAGUGCUGUGUUUCUUUAGCAGCUGGUUUGCCUCAUUUUUCAUCUGGCAUUUUCCGCUGUUGGGGAAGAGACACAUUUAUUGCCUUGAGAGGUCUGAUGUUGGUUACUGGACGGUACCUGGAAGCCAGGAACAUAAUUUUAGCAUUUGGUUGUACCCUGAGACAUGGCCUCAUUCCCAACUUGCUUGGUCAGGGCACUCAUGCAAGGUUCAACUGCCGUGAUGCUGUGUGGUGGUGGCUUCAGUGUAUUCAAGAUUACUGCAGAAUCGUUCCAAACGGUACCGAGAUUCUCAGAUGUCCUGUAUCCAGAAUGUUUCCUACUGAUGACUCCCCUCCUCAGCCAGAAGGCAGUCAUGAUCAGCCACUCUAUGAAGUGAUACAAGAAGCUAUGCAGAGACACAUGCAAGGCAUACAGUUCCGGGAGAGGAAUGCUGGCCCACAGAUAGAUAGAAACAUGAGAGAUGAAGGUUUUAAUGUGACUGCAGGAGUGGAUAUGGAGACAGGCUUCAUCUACGGAGGAAACCGUUUCAAUUGUGGCACAUGGAUGGAUAAGAUGGGUGAGAGUGAUAGAGCUCGCAAUAAAGGAAUUCCAGCAACUCCAAGAGAUGGAUCUGCAGUAGAAAUUGUUGGCCUGUGCAAAUCAACAGUUCGCUGGCUGAAUGAGCUGUCAAAGAACAACACAUUUCCUUAUUCUGGAGUUACUGUGAAAAGGCAUGGGACGGAGGAAACUAUUACAUAUGAUCAGUGGAACAGAAAAAUCCAAGCACACUUUGAAAAGCUGUUCUUUGUCUCUGAGAACCCAGCAGAUCCUAAUGAAAAAUAUCCCACUCUGGUUCAUAAACGAGGCAUUUAUAAAGACAGCUGUGGAGCAUCAAGUCCAUGGUGUGACUAUCAACUAAGGCCAAAUUUCACCAUAGCAAUGGUUGUGGCACCGGAAAUGUUUUCUCCUGAAAAAGCUUGGAAAGCGCUUGAAAUUGUAGAGCAAAAGCUACUUGGUCCACUUGGCAUGAAAACGCUGGACCCAGAUGAUAUGGUUUACUGUGGUGUGUAUGACAAUGCCUUGGACAAUGACAACUACAAUGUGGCUAAAGGAUUUAAUUAUCAUCAAGGACCUGAGUGGCUUUGGCCUAUUGGAUAUUUUCUUCGUGCCAAAUUGUACUUUGCCAAGUUAAUUGGUCCUGAGAUCUAUGCAAAGACUGUGUUUUUGGUUAAGAAUGUGCUUUCUCGACAUUAUGUUCAUCUUGAGAGAUCCUCUUGGAAGGGGCUUCCAGAAUUGACUAAUGAAAAUGGGCAGUAUUGCCCCUUCAGCUGUGAAUCUCAAGCCUGGUCAAUUGCUGUUAUCCUUGAGGUUCUUCAUGACUUGUAACAGUGCUGAUCUGUCUCAAUGAAUUAGCUGGCUUUGUUCUGAAUUUAAGUACCCCUUGCUUGUCCUGUUAAAAAUGUCUUGUAUUUCUACUGUCACACUGUGAACUUCCCUGGUAUUAGAAAUGGUUUAUAUCUUUUGUUCUGAUACACUUGUUUGUGGGUGCUCAUUUUUUGAGAACUGCACUAGAAUAUGUAUAUUUUAAACUACUGGUGAUAAAUAGAAGCUGAGAAUCAAAAGCACCUUCAAGAAUAAAUAUGUAGGUUAAAUGUUUACUAGAGAAGCUUUAAAAUGUAAGAACUUUCUGAUACAGCAUGAUUUUUUUUAGACCCUAAAUUUUUAUCAUUUAAAAUGAGGUUUGCAAUGCCUACUGGAUCCCAUGACUGAAUCUGCAUCCUGAAAACAAGCGGAAGUUAUACUGGGAGCCCCACUGGAUCUGUCUGAGUUAAGCAGUAAAAGAGAGCACGCAGGUGAGGAGCACAUAACUGACAUCCAAACCUGCUGUUUAUCUUCUUCACUCCCUUUCCCCAGGCACAUUUCCCCAGCUCAUUUGGAGGAUUGAAGACUGUCUAAUAGUGAUGGCAGGAAUUGAGCUGUGAUCAAUCAGUUCUGCUUUCCUUGCUAAUGUAUCCUGUUCAUUCGUUUUACAUUAGACGCUCCAAUGCCUCCACUUUUUGCACGAUCUCAGCAGAUUCAGAUUUAAAUGCAUAGAUCUACGUUGUAUCAUCUAGGUAAGGGAUCCCCAACAUGGUGCUCGUGGGCAUCAUGGCACUCACUAAUACCUUUCCUGGCACCCACCAAGUGUUUUUAGGAAGUAGGUGGAGCUUUUCCCCAGAAGGAUGUUGGAUGUACUGUGCAGAUUUUUAAAAGUUGCUUCAGCAACAGCUGCUGCCAUUAAAAAAAGGAUUUUCGGUGCAUUACUGUUUGUAUAUGCACAAACAUAUUUUUAAACUAUGUAUUUAUUUUGAAGGGCAUCCUGUUAAAACAGAGCAGCUGUUGAAGAGUCAUUAUUAGAGACAUGAAUGACGUUACUUAUUGUCAUUGUGUGGUUGUGUCUGCCUGCUAUGACACCAAAGUGAAAAUGAAGAAAACUUGUAACAACCAGGCUACAAUAAUGACUUCAAAAAUUAGUUCUCCCACUGGAGUAGCAAUUUACUUAUAAGUAACCAAAAUAAUUUUAUAAUUUCACAAACAGUAACAAAAUGUUUUGGGAAAAUUAUUUACAUUCUCCCAUUGGAGUUGUAAUUCUCCAGUGGGAGAAUUAAUUUUUGAAGUCAUUAUUGUAGCCUGGUUGGUACAAGUUUUCUUCAUUUUCACUUUGCCUGUUAUGACAGACAUCGUUUAUUUGCACCCACCACCCUAUGUCAGAAUUCCAAAGGUUCCCACAGGCUCAAAAAGGUUAGUCUAAGUUGGUCCUAAGCAUUUUGUAUAGAGUGUCUUUUUGGCUACAGUAGUGAAAACCAGAAGCAUUUCUCUUGCUGAGGCUUUUGUCCCUUUAGUCUUCGAAGCGAGGCAGAUUUACAAAGGCACUAUAGAUUGCACUUCUGUUCUAGCAGCAUUUUGUACAAACUUCCUUGUGCUACAGAACAAAGUAGCUGCUCAUCAAAUUCUUAAGCAGGACACAUCAAGAGCAAUCAUUUUGUGUGGGAAAUCUUGAGAUCUAGGUCAUAAAAACAUUUUGUAAACAGAACUUUGUAUUUAAGAACAGUGUCAGUGAUAUUCUGUCUUUCCUGAAAGUAAUACUAAAGCCAAAGUCGAUAGAUCAACUGAUCCAGUGGCUAUAAAACUAUAAAACUAAACUAAACCUACAACAAAGAGUGAAAUGUUUUGCUGACAUUAUCCGGAGUCAGUAAUGAGAACCAGUCUGUGCUGUGGCUUCUUAAAAGCUGUAUUCAUUAUUCAAGUAUCAGGAAAGGGGGAAACACUGUUUUGAAGUAUCCACAAACUUGUCACAAUACAAUUACCAUUUUAAAUCUCUUGUUCUGGUGGCUGCCUGUGUUUAACAGGAUGCUGCACUGAAUCAAAUAUCCUUUCACCCUUUUACUUCAAGUUCAUUGAUCAGGUAGGGUGAUAGAAGGCCCCUUGGAUAGUUGGGCCAUUCCAGAUGUAAGUUUCACUCUAUGAAGGCAGCUGCCAAAAAAAACAAUUCACAGCUACUUCCUCACAAGCAGCUGUUAUACACCAACCUUUUUUGACCUACCUGCAAAAAAGGAAAUUUCUUUGUUGCAUACAGUUUCCAGAGACUCCCUUAUCUUGGUUCAAGCCAUCUUGUGCUCAGUGCUGUGACUAUGGUUUAGUGAAAGUUAGGCAUGAGCAUCGAUAAAAAUUAUCAGUAAAUUUCAAGUUUGGGGGAUUUUAUUCUAGAAAUCUUUGUUAAAGCCAAGCAAAGCUAAUAUCCAUUUUCUUCAUUCAGCUGUUACUGAAAAUAUUUGCAGCACAGAGAUCGGUCUGUCUCUUACGCCAAAAAAUAUUUUCUAAAGUCCACGGGACUUGGAAAGCAUCGGCAGAGGGCAAUCUUUGUGCCACACUGUGCUCUGUGCUGAGCUUGGAGUUCAGUGCGGUAUGGAGAUCGGUCUGUCUCUUACCUCUGGGACUUGGAAAGCAUCAGCAGGAGGCAGAUCUUGGGGCUAGAACUUAGUAAUGUAUUCAGUUGUGCCAUUGUCCCAGUGCAAUUAAUCAGCAAAUGCCAGAUUAAGUAUCAACAUUUUCUGGAUUGCACAAGGCAAAUAGUAAAUUGCAUGCAUAAAAUACAGUUGUGCUAACAGAGCAGAUCAAGCUGCUUAUUCUGAAUUUGAGUAUGUGUAAUAUUAAUAUUUUAUAGCGUACUUUAAUAAUUUCAAUCAUGUUGUUUACCACAGAGCAAACUCAUAUAGCUGGAGGUUUAGCAGAGAACAUGCUAAGGAUAGCAGGAUGCUGAUAAAUAGAUCUAAUACUCUGCUAAAAUGAUCCUUUGUUAUUCAUUGCUGUUUGAAAGCUGAUAUUUACUUUGUUCAUACUGGUGUCUUGAAGUUUAGAAUAAUUUAAAGAGAUUUAAAAGAUAGAUUCUCACAUCAUCAUCUUAGCCAUAGUUCUAUGACUGAAUUUCAUCUGAUCAUUGAGGAACACUAUACCAUAACAACUUUCUAAAAAGCAGUUGUUUGGUUUGACAAUCCUCUUAGAGUUCAGCAAUGGGUAAUGAAUAGCUAACUGAAAAUUAUAUGCACCCAUUUUCCCUGUGGGCUUGGGUUUUUUUGUUAGAAGCAGCUAUAUGAUAUGAAAUAGAUAUUGUAUUGUUUAAGUUUUGAGAAAUAAUCUAUUUGGAAGAGGAUGUUGAGGGAAUGUGUGCCAGCCUGAGUGAGUCAGAUGGGAAAAUCUGGCAUUUUAACACCUCUUGGCAUUCAGAAUGCAUUUCAACAUAAUAGCUAGAACACAGUUAGAAAAUCUACUUACUUGAAAACUAGGGUCACUUUAUAUAAACAAGCUACAAUCGUCAUGCUCACCUUUGAGUCUUACCAUGGAAAAGGUAUAUGGAUACCGCACCUGAGCAAGCUGGGCAGCUCCAAUCACAUUAUCUUUCAAUAGGAAAUGAGGUGGGUAAGGAUUGACACGUUUGAGGGUUUGGCCAGAUGAUCCAGAUAUUUGGAGCCAAAUCUAGAUUGACAAGCAGCAGCUCCACAUGUUUAAGAACAGAAGUGUCUUAAUUGCAUAGAAAGAUGGAAGUGGGUGCUAAUGUGGCUACUUCCUGCCAAGCAUUUCUUUCCUCAUCUGGACUAACAGCAGGAGGGGACUGCAGGGAGAGUUGGGAACCUUUUUUACCAUUUAAAUGGCCGCCACACACACCCCUUCCUACUUAGGGAACUCAUGUGUCCAAACAUAUGCAUCUGCUGACAUAAGUUCUAGCUUGGCCCUUCAGUCUAGGUGGGCUUGUCCUGCUAGGGUAUUAAAAACCAGGCUGCACGUUUUUUUCCCCCUUGAAGUGCAGUUACAAAGUUGAAAAGGAGCCUUAAAAGUUCCAAUUGUAUUGAAUACAUCUGCACAUGGUUUAGCAUUAGGGGCAGCUCUACGGUCGUUUCCCCACUUACCUGCUGCUGCACGCUACUCUCCCCAAUGCUAGCAGCGGGGUCCCCCGGCACUCCCCACUACAGGGGCGGCGACAAUGCAGCCGCCCCAACGCUGCCGCUGUCGCGCCCCCUCAGCGCGCAUCAUUCCUGGCGCUCCUCGAAACGGGGCCUUUUGAUGGCUGAUGGGGAAACCUGGGAGGCGGCAUGCCAGAAAUGACGCCUUAGCGCUGGGAGAUAGUGCUUAGCAACCUUAACUGAGUCGUCGAGGUAAGUGGGGAAACGACCUACAAGAGGAAACAUCUGAGACUCUUGCCUCUGGCCACCACAUAUAGCUCUCUGGAAGCCAGAGCAGAUCAUUCUCUUUCCCUCCUUAAGUACUGCAGUGCCAUUGUGGGGAAUGGGGCAAGUGCCACUGGGACCUGCCAUUUGAGAUUGCCUCCACUUCUUGCCUCAUGGUAGAGCCAGCCAUGUUUAGCAUUUCAGAAACUUGAGUGGAAGGUAGCAGCUAGCAGCUUUUGGUCUUAUGAAAGUAUACCUUUUUAAGGUGUUACGAGUUGUGCACUAUUCUGUCAGAAAACAAAAUGGUAUAUAUUUCGCACCUUAGUAUUUUUAUAGCAAUGUAAAAAAUGCUUAUAUAUUUCAGUUCCACAUCUGUAUGCCUAUGAUGAUACAUACACACAUUUUAGAAAUUACGCAAAUAUGUGUGUGUGUAUUCCAUAAUAAGCCUUAUUCAAAAUCUAAGCAUGAUAUUAGUAAAAUUGCGUACUUAAAUUAUUACCUAAAAUUGCCCAUGGAUACUUUGAGAAGAAAAUUUUCACUUCAUUAUUUUGGCAGUGACCUUGAGAUUACUUCCACUUUGUUGAGAUGGAGAAUGCAAGAGGAAAGCUAUAAGCUAGAAGAAAUUUAGGAGAAAUGACACUUUUGAUCCUACUUUAUGUUUCACGCAAUGUGAACACUUUUGUCCGUGGGUGGGGAUGGUGAUUUCUGCCAACUUGGUCCCUUGGUCCCCAGGAACAAAAUUCCAGAGGGUUCAGUGAGCUAUAGUGGGAGGGAGAAGCAGCAAAGGCCUGAUCCACACCCAGCUGUUCCACACUUUCAGAGGAUACAAACCAACACAUUGAAUGUGGAAAAUAAGAAUCAAACAUGUGUCUGAUCACAACUUUAUGAUAGUCACCUCAAAGUAAGUACUGAUGAAGAGACAUUUUGAAAUGAUAAAAAGGUACAGCAUUCAAAUAAGUACUGUAGGGUCAGCAGCUGUGCUAGUAAAUGGACAAAGAGAACUCUUUGUUAGCAAGUUGCAUGGGCAAUUUUAUGUCUCUUCCACAUUCUGCCUUGUGCCUUGGCUCUUACCAAUCAAUGUUUCAUGCACUUUUGGCAAUGGAACCAAGCCAUCUCACUGUCAAACUGUACAUGUUGCUUGCUGCUUCACAGUUCUGAUGGAUUUGUAAUAUUCACUGCAUUAAGCAUGUUAGGGUGGGGGUGGGACUCAUGCCAAUACUGCAGGUUUAUGUAAUGGGAAGUGUCAUAGUUGCACAUACAAGUCCUGUGUGUUUGUCUGGUAUAAUUAAUCAUUCUGUUACUUGAAUGAUGUCUUUUGGCAGUUAUCUGUGAACAAUAUACAAUAAAAGUCUAAUGAAGAUGCA